AUGUACUUUAUAUAUAAACAUAUAUUUCUAUUUGUUCUUUUAUAUAAUAUAUUUUUAUCAUCUUCUUAUCAAUUCCCCCCAGCUAAGUAUGGUCAUAAUAACAAAUAUAGCAGAAGUUAUGUCCCAAUAAGUUCUACACCUAUUAAACCCUUACCAGAACAUUAUACCUUUGAGUAUAUAAGGGAUCAAUUAAAACAUAUGAAAGAAUUAAAAGAUGAAAUAAUAAGGAAUAGAUUAAGAAAUCACGAAUUAAUGGAUAAAAUAGAUAUACAAGACCUAAUAGAAAAGCAAAGAAGAAAAAAGGACAACGAAUUAAAAGAUACACAUGAAAAAUAUAAUAAGUACAAAUUAUUACUUGAUAAUGAAGAAGAUGAAAAAAGAAAAAAAAUUUUAUUGCAGUUGGAAAAUGAUGAAGAAAAUACAGAUUAUUUAAAUGAACAAGAACAUAAAGAAGAAGAAAAUAAAAAUAAUAAAAAGAAAAAAUAUAAAAUACAAGAUGAUAAAAUUAACAAAGAUGAAAAUACAUCUAAUAGAACAUACAAAGAUAUUAGAGAAAAAAACAAACGGUUAAGAGACAAAGAAAAAUUAAAUCAAUUAGAUAAAAACGAUACCUAUAGGAAAUAUAUAAAAAAGGAAUUAUCAGAAGUUAGAUUAUUAAAAGAUCAAAUAAUCCAAGAUAAAAUUAAAAAAAGUAGAUUAAAAAAGGAUAAUUUAAUAGAUUAUGAAUUAACAAAACUCUUAUUAGAAGAAGAAAAAAGGCAGUUAGAAUUAUCAAGUGAAUAUAUAGAACAGCAAAAAAUAAAAAAAGCCAAAAAGUUAAAGAUGCAAAAAAAAGAAGAAAAGUAUGAUAAGUUUAAAUUGUCUAUAAAAAAAAGUAUAAAGAAACUAUUAAGAAAAAUUAACUUAGUUAUAUACAAAAUGUUAGAAAAGAUAUUCGAUGGUGAUAAGUGGUAUAGAGUAUUUUAUUAUAUAUAUAGGGUAACCUUAAUAAAAAUAAUUUUCAAAAAAUUAGACAAGGCGUAUGAUAAAGCUGAAGAUUCAAUAAUAGAAAAUGAAUCGGGAGGUUAUGCUUUUUUAUUUUCAAGCUUGGUAGGAGCAAUAGUAUUAUUAUAUUAUGCUUCGACCUUAGCUAUAUCUAGUAUUCCUGUAGCAUAUAUAAUUCUUCUAAUUUUUUUAUCGGGAUUUGUUUUAGGAGCAUUAGGUUCUAUAUAUUUUAUAAUUACUGAAAAAGGUCCAUAUGCUAAAAGGAAAAGAUCCAAAAGAAUGGCUUUAAUAAAAUCAUUAUAUGAAAAUGAUGAAGAAAAUAAAUUAGAUAAUUCUUAG